GUCUGCAUGUGGAAGGCACCCUCAAUUUCCCCUCAGCCUCCCGUCUGGGGUCUAUCUAGUUCUCUUAUCUGCGAGUCCUGGACGCAUGUGUCGUCGCUGAAGCCACCGCCCUCCAGCCGUCGCACAUUGAGCCGCUGCCAUGGCCUCGAACACAGUGCCGCUCCCGCCGCGGACGCCGACGCCGCCUCCUGACGAGCACACGCCGCAGCUGCCCGUUGGACUUGGGUUUGAAGGCGAGCUGUCCGCCAGACGGCUAGGAUUCGACCCGAAUGCUCUCUCUCCAAUGUCAGCGACCUUUCCCUCCAAGCAGUAUGCGACUCUGGGGCCUAGCGACUCUGUCUCGCAGCGCGCGACGCCCACGACUCUGUACACACCAGCGAGUGCGACCUUCCCAUAUACUCCCGCCAGCGCCAUGAGCGGCACCGAUGUGGAUGCGCCUUCAAUGAGUGGGACAGAGAAUGCACGCAACCCAUUCAACUUCCAGUCGGUCACCUACCAGCCAGGCCAACCGAAGCAGAAUGAUAUCGGCAGAAGACGAGGACACAAGUACAAGCAUAGCAGCGUGUCCCACCAGAUCUUCCUUGAGCCGGCACCUCGCGCUCCUCUCCAACUCCCCGCGUCCUUACCGAUCCCGACUUUCAAAGAGUAUCGAACAUCCAUGUCAAAGGACCAAAAGCUGCGACUGGCUUGGUGUUUUGGUCAUCUGCUUGUGGCAGGGCUCGUACAGUGGGGCUCUCACGAGUCUCUGGCGCUGACGGUGCUGUCUCGCCUCAUCUUUUAUGAUGCCCUCGGCGCAUUCUUGUGCGUUGCGGUCGACGUUGGGUCAAACUUCGAGGUCUGGAAGCGCUCCAGCAUCCGCCAUCCUUUCGGAUUCGAGCGCCUCGAAGUCAUCGCGGGAUUGGGCAUGUCUGUUGGGCUUUUGUUCAUGGGCUUAGACCUCAUAUCGCAUGGUCUAACGCAUGCUUUGGAGAAUUCCGGCGGACAUACUGCGCACCACGCCGAUGCACACGAGAGAGUCUCACCGGGCAGCAUCGAUCUCGCAGCUCUGAGUGGCAUUGUUUCAACGCUUAUCUCUGCUAUCUUGCUGAAGAAUCACGCUCGCAUUGGCAAAGUCAUGAGACUGGGCGCGAUCGCGAACCUCCCCUCGGUCUUAAGCAACCCUUCGCAUUUCCUAACUUUGUCUUGCUCGGCCCUACUACUGCUUCUUCCCCUACUGAGCAUUCAAAUGUAUGUCUGGCUAGACCGCUCCUUGUCUUUUUCUGUCGCGAUCUGCAUGGUCGCUUUGGGGUGGAUCCAAGGAUGGACACUGGGCAAGAUGCUGCUGAUGUCGUACUCGGGUCCAGGAGUGUCCGAUGUCAUGUACGACAUUGAAACGGACCCAGCUGUAAGUGCGGUUGAAGAAGCAAAGUUCUGGCAGGUACACUACGGACUAUGCCAGGCGAAUCUGAAGGUACGGGUACGUAAGCUAGAUGAGAUAGGACGUCUGCGCGACCGGAUUGGCAGCAUGGUACGGAACCGUUUGGGUGGCAGCUAUGGUGGCGGAGGACAGAAGUGGGAGGUCUCCACUCAGGUUACGCUCGAGAAGGACUGAAGAGUGAGAAGUGCCGUGUUCAGGCACUCUCAGAUCUCAGGAACUAUGCAAUAAACAUUUCGCAUCGUUGUGGCGACUCGACUCGACUCAGCAGCUUGCAUUUCAGCUUGCAGCCCAAAUGGGGCAGUGCGACGGAGUCUGACGCAUGCUGGACACACACUGCGUCCAGUUUGCCGCUUGUUCCACGAUUGGUGGCACUUCUUGCGGACACGCCCAAAAACGCAUCUUCUGCUGCUU